AUAACACAUAAGACGUCAUCACCCAGUUAUUGAUUAAUGAUUAGCAUCGGCAAUUGAGCAAGGCAUUAGCGUCCUAUUAAAAUGGCGGCCGCAGAAAUAGUAUCAAAUACUUCUAGUAUAUCAAAAAUAGAAAGUUUUUUAAAUGACCCAAGCUAUAAGGAAAUUAUUGAAAACUCAUCUACAUUUAAUUCAAGACUAUGUGCAGAAAGAAGGAUGCGGAUGCCAUUUAUCGAUACCCAAACUGGUGUUGCACAAAGCCAUUCAAAUUUAUUUAUGACAAAAAAACAGCGAAUGCCUGGAGCUAAAGAAGGACAGGUUUACACAUAUCCAUCUCAACGAUGGAGAAAAGCCCGUCGUCAAUACCUGACCAUGUCAUCAACCCGCUGGGGUUGGAUUGGUGCUGAUGCUGCUGAAAAUGCUGGAGAAGGUGAAAACAGUUCUGGAAUACCAGAUGGUCUUGGGGGUGACGAUAGUCGAGAUGGGUCUCAAACAGCUGCUAAAGAUGAUCCCAAGGAAUGGUUCUACGAUGAACUAGCUAUGGAAGAGAUGGAAACGGGUGAAGAGCCCGAUCCAGAGUCAGAUGAGGACUACUACGAUGACACAUAUGCAAAUAGACGUAAGCGACGCGGUGGUGUUACUCCCAGUGGACCGGGCUCCAGGGGUGGUCGUACACGAAAAUCUCAGCCUGAGGAAGGAACGCCGAAGCGAGGACGCGCUGGUCGAGGCCGCAAACGGGCCGGUCAAGGUACACUCCCUUAUGAAGUACCUGGUGAUGCUGAGAAACCCUUCGGCUGCGAACUGUGCGGUGCGAAAUACAAAACUCGUCCGGGUCUGACAUACCACUUUACGCACACGCACAAGGAGCCAAGCGGCGGCGCAGGCGCAGCCGGCAGUGACAAUGACUCACGUGACAGUCGGCCAGCCAAUUCGCCAGCUUCUAACCAACCUGCCACAGAGUAUCAGGACAGCUAUGUCACGUUUCUGAAUAAUCCUGCUGGAGCCCCUGCAACUGUGUCAGCUCCCACGCCCCCCGCUCGUCGUCCGUCCCCCCCGCCGCGGCCAGCAUCAGCAGAUACGUCAUCGUCGGACUCUGCGCACGCGCCGCUUGUUCCACCUCAGCCUGCAGGUCCGACUGCAGGCGGAAGCACUGUCCGUGAAAGCAAGAAGGGCCCUGAUGGAAAGCCAUCACCAUCCCCAUAUUGCGACUUCUGUCUUGGCGACGACCGUGAGAACAAAAAGACCGGCAUUCCCGAAGAGCUGGUCUCUUGUUCCGACUGUGGCAGAUCAGGUCACCCCACAUGUCUGCAGUUUACAGCGAACAUGAUGGUUUCAAUGCGGAAAUACCGCUGGCAGUGCAUCGAGUGCAAGUGCUGUUCGGUUUGUGGGAACAGCGAUAAUGAUGACCAAUUGUUAUUCUGUGACGACUGUGAUCGAGGUUACCACAUGUACUGCUUGGCGCCGCCUCUCGAAACCCCACCAGAAGGAUCGUGGUCAUGCGCGCUUUGUAUUAAGGAGUUCCAUCUUAAGGAGUGAGGUCGAUAAUGCAACAGAUACUUAUACGUACAACGCAGUGAGGGCGCAACGCCAUUUUGUAUGAGUCAGAUGUAUAAACUAUGUUGCCAUAGAUAAUGUAGAUUGUAGAGUUAGACUGGGCCGAGUGUGGUUAGUCUGUGAUCCAAUACAGUGUAUUUAAACUAACUUCAUUUUACAACAGUAUUUUAAUUAAUUAAAUGAAUUGACAGUUUAAAAAUCAAGUUUUAAUCUGUGGAGCUUUACUAACUUUUACAUAUUGUAACUGGCCAGUGUUAAUGCGAAUUUUGAAGAAAAAAACAAUAAACCGAGCAUUUGAUUGUCUUUUAAAAUAUCUUAACAGCUGGACACAGAUAAAAAAUUUAAACUGUUGAAAAGCUAAAACGGUAUUUCUACACUGUUUAACUAAAACAUUGUCUCUUCUCUUUAAAAUACAAUUUUACCUAAAGAGAUUAAUGUUUCAGAACAAUGUUAUAAGACUGAUUUAGCUUAUGUACACCUGUUGCAAUAAAUCAUUUUUGUACGAAAUUUUGUUGGACCACAGAUUAAACUGUACAUUGUAUGCUUUUGUACAUAUCGCCAUUAUAGUAAGUAUUUUUUCUGAUAAAUGUAAAUGUUUAUGGACCGAACAAAAAUCAAUAUUAUACAACAAAAUCUCAAAUUUUAAAUAAUAAAAAUCUUACAGAUAAUAAAUUGUGUAUAAAACUUAUAUAAAAAUCAAUAACUCAAAUCAUAAUAAAAAGGUGUAGCUUCAAAUAACAUCCGAGCUUAAAACGCCUCUUCAAAAUCAAGUUUUACAUAAUUGACGGGUUCAUUAUCGACGCAAAUCGUGAAAUGUCAAGGUCAAAACUCUGAUUAUGUAAAAGAAGCACAUGCUUGUUGUCAAUAAUUAAGAAAAAACAAAUUAUGGCUUCAUUCAAUUUCCCGUUAAACGCGCGGUGACGCCAUUCUGAAUCACGAUUGAUCGGUGAAAUGUCAAAUGUCAUCUAUGUUUGUUUAUUCUUUUUUUUUAAUACAACUGACAAUUGUGAAUUUCAAACGUAGAUUGAAACAUUUUGUACGCGGUAAAGUUGACGAUCGUAUUAGCAAUUUGUACUACAUUUGUAUAGGAUGGAAAUACGUUAUUUUGAAGAGUCAUAUAAAUAUAUUAUACUAUAUAAGACACUCGGCCUAAUACUUACAGCUGAUACAUAGCAUUUCUACCUCUACCGGUGCUUGCUUUAGCUACUUUUUUUCUAUAGCAGGCUUGUAUUUUUAACAACGGAAUUUGUUGAGCCACGGUGGAAUAGUACCAUAAAAUAAUGUACGAUUAAGAGCCUACUUGGUAACCCUUUAUCUAAAAAAAACAUUGGAAAAAGCCAAAAACAGCAUAGAUUGUCCGCUUAUUUUUUGAAGUUUGACGUACAUGGUAUAAUGAUAAUUUUAGAGAAGGUAAAUUCUUUGUGUCUUGGUAGUUAAUUUUUUCGUUGUCAUUUUUUAUCUCAACUGGGCGCUCAUUUCAGGCAUAUAGGCUCUUAAGUGUACCUAAUAUUUAAUGGUUAAAAAUUAAAAUGAAUAUUGCUAUGGAUGAUUUUUUUUUGCCCCAAUUAGAAGACGAUAUAGUCUUCUAAUUUUUAGGCCUCAGUCUAUAUUUUAGAAAAAAAGCGUUCCAUUUAAGUACAUAGAAAGUACAGUAUUUUUUUAAGUGUAAUUUUGUCUGCAAAGUUUAGUUGGGGUUUUUUAUUUAUUAAGUUUAGUAACUGUAGACCGUUCUCUGUUGCGUGUGAAUUGUAAUUCUCAUUUAUUCUGUCAAAAUGCUGAGUAUUUUGUGGGAAUGAGGGAUCUGUUUUCAGAUCCUUGUAAACUUAAACUACCAUUUAUGGUUUCCUUUCUUGAAAGGUAUUGUAGAUAUUGGUAAGACGGCUCUGUGAUCGAACCAGGUGGUUGUGAAUUAGCAUGGAUUUAUAUUUUUUUUUAGCUUUUUAGCGUAGACGUAUCCGAAUUUUUGCUUUAAUCUACGAACAAUUCCAGAUUUUUUUGUAAUUUUAUAAUUUGUAGAUUUAAAUGCUUUAUCUGAUACAUUGGUAGAGGAAUAGUUACUUGUAAGGUUUUUUAUUUUAUUGUAUAAUUGGAAGCCAUUUUUUUCGAUUUAGUAACUCUACUAGGUGUAACAGAAAAAGCGCAAACGCCGGCUCUAAUUUUAAUGAUGUAUAGAGUUAAAUGUAAAAUAAGAUUUCCAGAACUUAAGUGUGUUGACGUAAAUAAAGCACUUUGAUGAA